GUUUAAAGUCCAAGAGGCAGCUUUGGUCGUGAACAAGCCACGUGCAAGGUUGGUGCAGAACUGAUCCAAGCAGUUUUUCAGAUUCCUCAGGGCUGCUGAGAUGGGACUCUGGAACUUUCUUUUGCUUGGGCGUGGCCUGCGAGCCGCUCUAUUGGAAUUUUUGUAACCACUGCGAGGGACUCUGACGUUCCCACUAUUUCUUCGCCGUCCAGUUGCCCUACGGGUGCAGUUGGAUGCACCUCUGCUUCUUAGACUCACUCAUCACAUUUCACACAGCAGCCAACACCUGUUGGCUCCUCUCCUGCAGACUUUUGAUCUCUGCUGGGUUCCACGCCUGUUGUUACAUCCAACACUGCGGGUGCCAUUUUCCUUCCAUCACAGAACCUGUGAGAGCUUCUGCUUUGAUCUUUGUGCUUCCUCAAACACAUUGCCCUUCUGACAAUUGGUCCAGUUCUAUUUCCAUAUUGAGCCCACUACCAACUCAGGUUCUUUUCCCUGGACGAUGACGGACCAAAAGCUCUUCGUAUCCUCCCCCUCUUCCUUUCCUUCUACAAUGUUCUCCACAUCGCACACAAAGCCCCGGCUUGGCUUGGUCCAAGGCCAAGACCUCUGCUCUCUGAGAACUACCACUGGUGAUUUCAACAUCAUCUUGCACCAUUACAACCUCACAGGCCAGAUGAGCAACCGGAGUCCUCAGGAGGAUAAGGUGAGUGCUCUCAAGAUGGUCGUGAUCACGGCCAGCUGUCUCAUCAUUCUGGAGAAUUUCCUGGUGCUGCUGGCCAUAAUCCGGAAGGUGCGAGCCCGCCGGUGGGUCUACUCUUGCCUCGCCAGCAUCACGCUCAGUGACCUGCUGGCCGGCAUCGCCUAUUUGGUCAACCUCUGCUUGUCAGGAAGCCGGACCUUCCAGCUGUCACCCACCAUGUGGUUCCUCCGCGAGGGGGUCCUUUUCGUGGCCUUGGCAGCCUCCACUUUCAGCCUCUUGGUGACGGCUGUCGAGCGGUACAGCGCCAUGGUCAGGCCCAUUGCUGAGAGCAAGGCCAUGAAGACCACCCGCCUGAGAGCUCUCAUCAUCUUCUGUUGGGCCCUGGCCAUCCUCAUCGGCUUGCUCCCCUUGCUGGGCUGGAACUGUCUCUGUGACGUGUCCAGGUGUUCCACGCUGCUGCCCCUGUAUGCCAAGAACUACAUUCUCUUCUCCGUGGCUGUGUUCUGCAUCAUCCUGGUGGGGGUCGUGGGCCUCUACGUGUCCAUUUUCCUCCGCGUCCAACAGAGCGCCAGGCAAGCCUUAUCUCGGAGCGGCCACAAGAGGUCGCUGCGGCUGCUCAAGACGGUCUUGUUGAUCCUGUUCGCGUUCCUCAUCUGCUGGAUCCCACUCUUUGUCUUCCUGAUGAUCGAUGCCUUUUGGGCCAAUGAGACGUGGAAGCUCCACACCAAAUUUGGCUGGAUCUUGACCUUGGCUGUGACCAACUCGUUCAUUAACCCCAUCAUCUACUCCUUUGGGAGCAAGGAGGUGAGGAGAGCAGUCGUGGAACUCAUCUGCUGCUGCUGCAUCCGAGUUGGGUUGAAAGGUCCCCGUGGCUGCCUCGUUGCUUCGGAUAACCCCGCAAGCAAUUCCACGGACACACAAAGUUCUUUGAAGUUGCGCGAGAGCCUCCGCAGCCCGGUGGUGCACAGUCGAAAAGCCAGAGAACCUCUUUACAGCAAUUCAAGCAUGAUGAGCAGCACAGUGGCAUCAGAUUAUGCUUCAGCCUCACAUCACACUCUGGACUAGACUAGAAUCGUGACCGGUCUUCUGCACUUACAUUUAGGCUUGACGCGUUUGUGCAGCACUCUGCGCCGGAAACUUAACUCUUCUGCACCACACUGUGGACUUGUUAGGAACUGCGGGGUCUGUGUGCAGCACCCCGUGUGGCGACGCUGAACUGCGGGUGGCGGCUUCUCGAAUUAAGUGCCUACUGGCCCUGGAUUGACUCUUCUCACCCAGGUUGGCCGUUAAAUCCUCCUGGGCGGAAAGAUGUAGAAAGUGAUUGCUCUUCCAGUUGAACUUUUCUCAAGCCACUCAGAUAUAUUUUUUUAGCUCUGGUUUAUCCCUGACUUUUUUAGCUGGCUGGAACGGAAGUUUUGCCCUUCAGUUCUGCUUUGUUCUUUGGCCCUGACCUCAGACUUGACCCAUGGCUUCUGGUUCGUAGGUCCUGGCUCAUCUCAGGUUGCUGCCCAAUGCCCAGGUCUAGAAUCACGAGUCUUCUGUACCACGCUCUGGACUAGAAUCUUUACUAGUGUAGAGCCCAUGUCACCCUGGGCACUAAUAUAGGGUGACCAUAUGUAAAGGAGGACCGGGCUCCUGUAUCUUUAAGUUGCAUAGAAAAGAGAAUAUCAGCAGGUGCCAAUUGUAUGCAUGCAGCACCUGGUGAAAUUCCCUCUUCAUCACAACAGUUAAAGCUGCCCUUUUUUGUAUCUGGACACACUAGCCAUGCUCCUGCAUCUUUAACUGUUGUGAUGAAGAGGGGAUUUCACCAGGUGCUGCAUGCAUACAAAUGACACCUGCUGAAACUCCCUUUUCUAUUCAAUGUUAAAGAUACAGGAGCCCUGUCCUCCUUUUCAUAGGGUCACCCUACAUUAGUAGUCCUGCACCUUUCCUGCUUUUUUGCCCCUCAGACCCCUCACCACAGAGACGCUCAUGAAUAAUGCAAAUAUGGCUCAUGCAUAGUGAAUGCCCCUCUGUAAUUUCCAUGCAGCGCAGCCCCCUCCCUCCCUCCUGUGCCCCGAUUGGCCACCUUCAUCUCCUUCCCUCUUCCUGCUGGUGGCGACAGCCUAACCACACAACUGCACCCAGGGCCCACCUUCUCACCACACUGAUUGGCUGUCUGUCAUCUCUCUGGCAGAAGGGCUUCACCUGUUUGGUGUGGAAGAAAUUAAUUGCUAUAAGCUCAAGCUUUGAAAUGUUUGGAACUUUCAAAAUUUUCUACACAGCUCAAGCUUCAGUUUAAAACAAAA